GUCACGUGACAUGUGCUCCGGGCGUUGGCUCCUCCCUCCCGAAGAUGGCGUCCCUGCUGCAGUCGGAGCGGGUUCUCUAUCUCGUCCAAGGAGAAAAGAAGGUUCGGGCCCCGCUCUCGCAGCUCUACUUCUGCCGCUACUGCAGCGAGCUGCGAUCGCUAGAAUGUGUGUCGCACGAGGUGGACUCACAUUAUUGUCCCAGCUGCUUAGAAAACAUGCCAUCAGCUGAAGCCAAAUUAAAAAAGAAUAGAUGUGCCAACUGCUUUGACUGUCCUGGGUGCAUGCACACCCUUUCCACCCGGGCCACCAGCAUCUCCACACAGCUUCCAGAUGACCCAGCCAAAACUACCAUGAAGAAAGCCUACUACUUGGCCUGUGGAUUUUGUCGAUGGACUUCUAGAGACGUGGGCAUGGCAGACAAAUCUGUAGCGAGUGGCGGUUGGCAAGAACCAGAAAAUCCUCACACACAACGGAUGAAUAAGUUGAUUGAAUAUUACCAGCAACUUGCUCAGAAGGAAAAGGUUGAACGAGAUCGCAAGAAACUGGCACGACGUAGGAACUACAUGCCUAUGGCUUUUUCGCAACACACUAUUCAUGUAGUGGACAAGUACAGUCUUGGAACCAGGCUUCAGCGACCACGAGCUGGUGCCUCCAUUAGUACACUUGCUGGACUUUCCCUUAGAGAAGGAGAAGACCAGAAAGAGGUAAAGAUUGAGCCAGCUCAGGCUGUUGCUGAAGUGGAACCUCUGCCUGAAGACUAUUACACACGACCAGUGAACUUAACAGAGGUGACCACCCUUCAGCAGCGCCUCUUACAGCCUGACUUCCAGCCAGUCUCUGCUUCACAGCUCUAUCCUCGACACAAGCACCUUCUGAUCAAACGAUCCCUGCGCUGUCGGAAAUGUGAACACAACUUAAGCAAGCCAGAAUUUAAUCCAACAUCUAUCAAAUUCAAAAUCCAACUGGUUGCUGUCAAUUAUAUUCCAGAAGUGAGAAUCAUGUCAAUCCCCAACCUUCGCUACAUGAAGGAGAGCCAGGUCCUCCUCACUCUUACAAAUCCAGUAGAGAACCUCACCCAUGUGACUCUGUUGGAGUGUGACGAAGGGGACCCUGAUAAUAUCAACAGCACUGCUAAGGUGGUGGUGCCUCCCAAAGAGCUCGUUUUAGCUGGCAAGGAUGCAGCAGCUGAGUAUGAUGAACUGGCAGAGCCCCAGGACUUUCAGGAUGACCCUGACAUUGUAGCUUUCAGAAAAGCCAACAAAGUGGGCAUCUUCAUCAAAGUCACCCCACAGCGUGAGGAAGGUGAAGUGACCGUGUGCUUCAAGAUGAAACAUGAUUUUAAAAACCUGGCUGCCCCCAUCCGCCCAAUGGAAGAAAGUGACCAGGGCACAGAGGUCAUCUGGCUCACUCAGCAUGUGGAACUGAGCUUUGGCCCUCUUCUUCCUUAAAACACAGUCACCUGGUGGGUGAUGCCGCCCACAGCUGUCACCACAACUCUGUAACAGUGUGGAAGCUGCUGCUUCAUUAGACGUGUUUAUAAAGAUGUACCCAUCACUACUGAAUCCUGUUCCUAGGAGUGGAGGCCAGACCAGGAUACGGAGCACGGGGUAACUGCUGUUCACUUGCUCUCUCUGUUGACUCCUGUCAGUCUGUGUCACCCACAUGUGCCCUGCACGUUGAGUAACAGCCUAACUCCAUCCCAGUAAAAUGGGUCUUCCUCGGAGGGUCAUUAGAUUUACUCCCUGAGAAAUGGGCCAUGAACCUGUCACAGUUUAACCCUAAAAACUUAGAAUGGUAAUCCAGAGCAGACCUGCUGUUCGUGCCCCAGCACUGGUCUCAGUGUUCCAGCUGCUUUCUGCAUUCCAGUAAGGAUAACUAGUAAUUAUAACCAUUCAGUUGCCAUGGCUCUCACUUUGCCAUUGAUUUCCAUUUGACAGAGAAGUAGGGUUGUCACGGUGUCUAACUUUGUGAUGACAGGGCGUGAUUUCCUUAAGGCGCUCCAUUUGUCUCUUGUAAAGGACUACAGUAUACCUACAGUGGAAGCGAUACCUGUCAUGAAGUCCCAUGUGUUUUACCAUUACACUAUCCAGGGGCUAAUGCUGCCACAGGGAAACAGCCUUUAUAGUCUUGCCCUCUGCCCUUCUCUACUCUGGUUUUGUUUUUCAGAGUUUUUUAUUUGUUUCUUUUUUUUUUCUUUUCCAUUUAUUUUUUCACAUAGGCUCCCUCCCCGUAACUCUGGCCUGUAACUCCAUCAGUAUACCAAGCUAGCCUUGAACUCACCUGCUGUGAUUAAAAACACUUGACUAUCACGCCCAGCUCUCUGCUCUGUUCUAUAAUUCAAGGAAUUGUCCUAAUGUUGAGGGCAUUAAAAAGAGAGCUGAGACAGUUUUAAGUGGACAUACUCAUUUCUGAGAUUCAGAGAACAUUUUCAAUUUUGGAUUUUUAGCAUGAUACAAACUAAUGGUUUUUUCCACUGAGUUGAAGGAGAAAUUAACUAUCUCUUAUAUCCAAAACUGGAUGUUAAAAGGAACCUUUCCUUUUGUGGGUAUAAGACUUCUCCUGCUGUAUCAAGUGAGAAUAUUUAAUUGUAAGCAAGUAGCCAGAAGGCUGGCCUGACCCUAGACAAGCCAUUUCCUCAAAUACCAAUGUUGAGUUGCAAACCUUAAUUGCUGUGAUGUUUUUCUAAAAGAAAUCGACAGAGUAGACCAGCUGCACCACUUUUCCUUAAAGUAUUCGUAGCGCAUGGCCAACAGACCUUGGAAGAAAAAGUUCCUGCUUACAAACCUUGCUUUGGUUUUCAUUUUAUGUCUUUAGGAGUUUUUGUUUGGUUUUAUUUUAAGGUACAGAGAAUCUGGAUGACAGAUAGGAAAUAGUAUUUGUCAGUUCCCCUUAAAAGAGGAAACUAUUUAGGAAGCUGUUGAAAGAGAGACUAUGUUCUUUACAAUCAAGCCAAUUUUAUGAAAUAUUCCCACAUAGUAAUAUAUUUACUACAGUAUAAGAAGAAAAUGUUGAUCUAAUAUGGGAACAGUAACUAAUGUUUAAACUCCUAGAUGCUGGAGCAGGGAGUUGGGUAAUAACAAGUUUCAAACUACAGAAAAUUAUUUCCUAUAACUUCAUGAAGGCUCAAGUUAGAUCCUUCUGUGAAACUACUACUCAAUGUCUGCUUGGGGUCAGGGGGAUGGCUUCAUAAGUUCACACAUUGUGGAGGCAGGCACAGUUGUCUGCAUGCCUUUAUGCAGCGAAACUGAUACUUAGUCCCUAGAAAAAAUGUUGAUAUAAUGGGUCUACUCCUGUGAUAGAGAAACACAAAACACUUUUGAAUAUACAAUUUCUGGUUAAGAAGUCCAGUUAACUAUAGAUAACGGCUGUCGGCUGUUUCAAGAUGAGUUAUUGUGAGCCUUGUGUUCCUGGGAAAGGGUCAACACCUGCAGUUGGUGAAUUCGGAGUUGCGUCUAUCACCCUUCUGGUAUUAGAUCAGGUGCAGGGUUCUUAUUACUACUCAGUGUGCACCAGGACACAAGAGUCAGGCAUCCUUAGCACUUGAAACUACAAUUUGGAAACUUAAGGCUAAGUUACUUUUGAGUUUGUAAAUUGAUUUACACACCAAAAUUUUCCUUUGUUCCAAGUAUAUGUAAAGGCAUACUGCACUAAAUGCCAUUGCGUCUUUGUAAUAAGCAUCUUUGUUGGCCCCUUUUGGGGAUGAGAGGCACUCCUUGACUUAUGACAGGUCACUGUUCUGCCUUAUUGCUUAAUGUAGUGAAAUAAAUCAGACAAAGCUUGA